UCUCUCUCUCUCUCUCUCUCCCUCUCCAACUUGUGCAAGCCAAUGAGCACUCGUCGUGCGUCUGCGCGCUCUCGCCGUGCUCCCUCCGCCAGCAGCGCAGCGGUGCCUCUUAUCAAAGAAAUAUACAACUCUAACUCCGCUCACUCACACCUUUCGCCAUGGGCAGGGCGCGCUUUUCCCGCCACCUCUGUUUGCUUUUCGUCCUCAUAAACGCUCCCCGUGUCAUGGGGAAUGUGGGAGCAGCAGACGCAGACGAGUGUUCAGAGGCCACAGAUGACUGCCACAUUGAUGCACUGUGCCAGAAUACCCCAAAGUCUUUCAAAUGCAUCUGUAAGGCUGGCUACAAGGGAGAUGGCAAGCAGUGUGAAGAUAUAGACGAGUGUGAUAACGACUACAAUGGUGGCUGCGUGCAUGACUGCAUCAACAUCCCUGGCAACUACAGGUGCACAUGCUACGACGGCUUCAUGCUGGCAGAUGACGGACACAACUGUCUAGAUGUGGACGAGUGUCAGGACAACAAUGGUGGGUGCCAGCAGAUCUGCGUGAACACAAUGGGAAGCUACGAGUGCCAGUGCAAGGAAGGCUUCUUCCUGAGUGACAACCAACACACCUGCAUUCACCGCUCUGAAGAUGGGAUGAACUGCAUGAAUAAGGAUCAUGGCUGCGCUCACAUCUGCAGGGAGACUCCUAAAGGUGGUGUGUCGUGUGAGUGCAGGCCUGGGUUCGAACUGGCGGAGAACCAGCAGGACUGCAGAUUGACGUGUAACUAUGGAAAUGGCGGCUGCCAGCACACUUGUGAGGACACUGAAGUGGGACCAGUGUGCGGCUGUCACCAGAAAUAUGCCCUGCACUCCGACAGCAAGACCUGCAUUGAGAAAGAUGAGGCUGCAAUUGAGAGCUCUGAGUUCAAUACCACGUCAGUAGCUGAUGUGGACAAGCGGGUGAAACGGCGUCUACUUAUGGAGACCUGUGCGGUGAAUAACGGCGGAUGCGAUCGCACAUGUAAAGACACGGCCACCGGGGUCCGCUGCAGCUGUCCUGUGGGCUUCACCUUGCAACCUGACGGGAAGACAUGCAAAGAUAUUGACGAGUGCCUGGAGAACAACGGCGGCUGCGACCACUUGUGUCGGAACACUGUGGGCAGCUUUGAGUGCAGCUGUCAGAAAGGCUACAAGCUCUUAACCAAUGAACGCACCUGUCAAGAUAUUGACGAGUGCUCUUUUGAGAGGACUUGUGAUCACACCUGUAUCAACUACCCUGGAAGCUUUGAGUGUGUGUGUCACAGAGGCUACACUCUCUACGGCCUCACACACUGUGGAGAUAUUGAUGAGUGUAGCAUCAAUAACGGGAGCUGUGAGAAUGGCUGUGUGAACACGCAGGGUAGCUAUGAGUGCGUCUGUCCUCCUGGACAGAAGCUCCACUGGAAUAAGAAGGACUGCGUUGAGGCGGUGAAUUGUCUGCCCAAUGGGAAGCCAGCUCCUCGCGCUCUGCUCAGCUGCACCAAGACAGGCGGCGUGGAGGUGUGCUCUCUGUCCUGUCCAUCAAACGCCCUCUUUCUGGCAGACUCUGAAAACAGUUACACUCUGAGCUGUGGAGUACCAGUACAACCAGGCAAAGUGGCACCAAAGAGGAACACCACCACUACCUCCAGCACUUCAUCUCUACAGAGCUGUACAGAGACGCUGGCGCAGCCCAUUAAGCAGAAGGCUCGAUUUAAGAUCAAGGACGCUAAGUGCCACCUGAGACCCCGCAGUAAAGAGAAGCACCGAGAUGUGGCGAAGCAGAGCUUGCAAGGAGGUCAGUUCCCCUGCACUGAGGACUGCCAGGUGACAUUUGUGAAUCUGAAAUGCGAGUCUUCUAAAAAGCGCCGGCGUGGACGAAAGUCUCCUUCUAAAGAGGUCUCGCACAUUACUGCCGAGUUUGAGAUGGAGAUGAAGGAGGAGGAGGCCUCAGAAUCGUGUAAUGUGGACUGCGUGCGGGAGAAGACGAAGCAAAGGCUGCAGAACACUCUACGAACCCUUAGAAAGUCCAUCAACAAGCAGCAGUUCUACAUUCAGUUCUCGGGAACGGCUUACGAGGUGGCCCAGCGCGCUGCCCGACAGUCAGAGGGCGCUGAGACCUGCAGCACGGGGCAGGUCCUCACAGACGGCAAGUGCGUCAGCUGCAGUGUAGGGACUUUCUACAGUGGUGAGCAAGAGCAGUGUGUGCAGUGCCCUCCAGGAACCUAUCAAGACAUGGAAGGCCAGCUGUCCUGUGAGCCCUGCCCUAGUACUGAGUCCCAGGGUAUUGUGGGGGCCAAGAAUGUCUCUGAGUGUGGAGGUCAAUGCCCUGCUGGUCAUUUCUCUGCUGAUGGCUUUCGGCCAUGUCAGCCAUGCCCACUGGGCACCUUUCAGCCAGAGCCGGGACGCGUACUCUGCUUCCCCUGCGGAGGAGGACUUAUGACCAAAUACAUUGGAAGUACCUCUUUUAGAGACUGUGAAGCCAAAGUACACUGUGCCUCAGGACACUACUACAACUCCACCACUCACCGUUGUAUCCGUUGCCCUGCUGGCACCUACCAGUCUGAGUUUGGGCAAAACUACUGCAUCACCUGUCCCGGAAACACCACCACUGACUUUGAUGGUGCCACAAACGUGUCUCACUGCAAGAACCAAAUGUGUGGUGGAGAGCUGGGGGAUUUUAUGGGGUACAUUGAGUCCCCCAACUACCCAGGAGACUACCCAUCUAAUGUGGACUGUGUCUGGACCAUCAACCCCCCCAACAAGAGGCGCAUCCUCAUUGUGGUGCCUGAGAUCUUCCUCCCCAUUGAGGAUGAGUGUGGGGAUGUGCUUGUCAUGAGGAAGAGUUCUCAGCCCACAUCAGUGACAACCUAUGAGACGUGUCAGACAUACGAGCGACCGAUUGCUUUCACCUCUCGAUCCCGUAAGCUCUGGAUCCAGUUCAAGUCCAAUGAGGGCAACAGUGGGAAGGGCUUUCAAGUGCCCUAUGUCACCUACGAUGAGGAUUACCAGCAGCUCAUAGAGGAUAUUGUUCGAGAUGGUCGACUCUACGCAUCAGAGAAUCACCAGGAGAUCUUAAAAGACAAGAAGCUGAUUAAGGCUCUGUUUGACGUCCUGGCUCACCCUCAUAACUAUUUCAAGUACACAGUUCAAGAGUCCAAAGAGAUGUUCCCACGCUCUUUUAUUAAGCUGCUACGCUCCAAAGUUACCAGGUUUCUACGGCCGUACAAAUAAAAAUCUGAAACCCUUCUCUUUCCCAAACCCACUUUACCAUCCUCUCCUCUCAAACGCCUCCUUUCUCCUAUACUCCUCUGCUUUUCUUUCUGUUUCUCUCCCUCUCAAACGUUUCAGCACGCUAGCUAGAUCCCAGAAUGCCUUCCUACCACAGAAAGAGGUCUGGCCUUUCUCCUACCUCUCAUCUGGAGUCUCCUUUUGACUUCUUUUCUCCAUUUUUUCUCUUUCUGUGCUUUUUUGUUCCUUUUUUUAAUGCUUUUAAAUAUUUAUAUGUGCUACAACUUGCAGAGACCCACUCCCUGGAUGUUUAAUAUCUAUAUAUUUGUAUAUGUAUGUACGUGUGCAUGUAUAUAUGUAUGUGUGUUAGUAAGCAUGUGCAAGCCUAUGCUGUGCACGUGUACAUUCAUACACACAUGGAUAUAUAUUGUUAUUUUGAAAAAAAAAGUCAUGCCCCAGACGUGCACAAGAUUGCUUUUUUGGAAAGACAGGUGCACUUAAACAUUUCUUUCAAAACCAUUUCAAUAUGGAGAAUGGAGUCACUUCACAAUCCUGUUCUGAACAUGGACUGACAGUGAACAACGACGUUUUAACGGAAAAAUAGAUUUAAAAACCUAAAUAGCAAGAAAAAGACUACCUGCCAGUAACAGAGGGUUACUAUAGAGUUACAUGUAUGUUUUGUAACUAAUAUUUGGAACUUUAAUUGCACUUGAGUUUUAUAUUGUAAACUGUAGGAAAGAAAAUUCUAAGUUACUUUUGUUUUCUUAUGUUUGUGUUUGUAUAGAAAUGUUUUACCUUGGUUGUAGGAACGAGAGAUGUCUCGAUCGCUCCUCUCUCCUGACUGAAAUGGAAACUUUUAGAGGGAUAAAGAAAAAAAAAAGAGUCUCACCUCUCCUGAAUACCUGGUUCCAAAAAACGUUCACACAGGUCCUACAUUAUACUUGUCCCAUCAAAUUUACGCUGGAGGAAUAACUGAGUAUUGACCUCAGUGUCACAUGACUGUGCGCUUAUGUAAAUGGUGAUCAUUUACAAUCAUUAGUUACUGAGAUAAAACCAGAGUAGUGUACUCAUACAAGGUCCUGCCAAAAUUGAGGCCUUGAGAAUUGAGAUACUAUAGUGGCAAUCGUGGUCAGCAAUAAAAGGCAGUGUUUGUAUUGCUUGCAUAGUCUGUGUGAGAGUGAAUGGUGGUUCACUGACUAAAGUGAGAGCAGAAUAACGUGUAAUUAGGUUCAUAGCAUGCUUAUUAUAUACUACAUGCACAUUAAUGACAGUUUUGUUGUGCUGUGCACAGGGUAGAAAGCACAAAUGGCUCUCACUGUAGACUCUGUAGAGAGCUUGAAGUGAUUACAGUGGUAUAUGAAGGUUUAUUUGCUCUUAGACUCAUCAAGGAAGGAUUACGUUUGCGGUUGUGUUAUGUAUGUGUGCAAACAUGAGUACGUUUCUGAGUGUACGAUAUGCAGGUGUUUUACGUGAGUGAGGCGGUAUGUUUAUAUGUGGGGAUUCUGAUUUAGUUUGAAACGGCUGGUUUCUCCAAGAUAGCGCACUCUGUCUACAAGCAUAGAAUUAAAAUCAAUACAUUUAUAGUUUGUGGUGACACUUUUCUUUGAGUGGUUCUUUUUAUAUGAAACAAACACUCAACAGACUCUUAUUAACAUGUCAGAAACAUAUGAGGGUUAGGAUUAGAUUCUGGGUUGAGGUUAGGGUUAGGAUUAGGGCCAGGGUGAGG